AUGACUAAAAAUGUUUAUAUACUAUUUGUUUAUAUAGUUUACGUCUUUCUUCAUAUUUUUUCGUCAUCUCUAAGAAUGCAAAAAAAUUUAUUUAAAUAUAUUACACCAAUUUCAAAGAAAAUCAAUUUAAUUAGAAUAAAAAAAAUAAACAUCUUCAGAAAAGAAAGAAAACAAAAAAAUAUCCAUGUUUUCAAUGAUGCCGUUAACAAAUAUAUAGGUUUCGAUGCAUUUUUAAAAAAAUUAAAUAAUGUAUCAAGCAGCCAAGACAAACUAAAUUAUAUUAACCUGUUGCACAAAAUAAUUGAGGACAAAAAAUGUGAGUAUUUUCUUUUCAGUAACAAUUAUAUGAGAAUUAUUAUAUACAUUUUAAAUGAAAGGUUUUUAAUGAUUAAAAAAAAUGAAUAUAAAAAUGACGCCACAGAGUAUCAGAUAAUUUACAAACUUUUAUUAAUAUUUAACAAUUUGACAAAAUAUCGGAAUUUUUAUCAUGUAAUACUAAAUGACUAUACACACAAAAAUGUAAAAAUGUCUUUAAUAUAUAUUAUUAUGAAUAUUUUAAAUGAAAAAGGAAAUAAAGAGAAGCAUAAAGAAGCAAAUUCGGUUUUUGAUUAUUUUACUUCAUUUUUUAAAAAUCCUGAUGAAACUACAAAACAUUAUAUAGAUCAAGAUAAUAAUAUUAUAGGUGAACAAAUUAAAAGAGAAAAUGAUAUUAAGAAAAAAAAUGAUAUAGACGAUAUUAAAAAUAAAAUUUUCCAUUUAGGAAAAAAUAUUUUAUUAAAAGUAAAAGAAGAAAAGUUAAAAAUAGAAAAUAAAUUAAAUGAACAAUAUAAUUAUAAUAAUGACAGUAUUUUAAAAGAUCAACAAUAUGCAAAAAGACAAUUAGAAUAUUAUCAAUUGGGACAAAACGAUAUAAUUUUAUCAGAAGAAAAUAAAAAUGGAAAUUCUAAUGACACUGAAAUGAUAAGGGAUGAUCAUACUAAUCAUUCUUAUUAUUUUAACAACAAUAAGGAUAAUAAUAUUGAUAAUUAUUAUGACAAUGAUAUCUAUAAAGCUUAUACUAAUAGUACUAGCCAAUUAAACUAUUUUAAUGAAGACUUAAAAAAUAUAGACAAUAUAAUAUAUGACAACAAAAAAAACAAACAAAAUAACAAUGAAAAUUAUAUCAAAAACUUAUUAAAAUAUUAUAAUAAUGAUGAUUAUGAGCAAAUGAAAAGUGACCAAAAAAAUGAGAGCAUAUAUGAAAUAAAAAAGGGUAGCGAACAAACAGAAGAUCCCAUUGUUAAUUAUACGAAGCAAAAUGACAUUUCAUUUCAAAAUAAAAAAGAUGAAGAAAUGAAAUAUAAAAAUAUGAGCAAAAUAAUACAUGAGGUAAUAAAGACACCAAAUGAUCAUAUUACAUUCGUUCCUUUUUAUUUUAAUAAGAAUUCUAAAGAUAAUAUUUUAACAAGUAUAAUUGUUAAUUUUCAAAAAAAUCAAAAUGGAAUAGUGGUUUACAAAAUGAAACAUGAAGAAAUAACGAAUGAAAAAAUUAGCGAAAAAUCUGGGGAAAGUAAAUCGGAAUAUUUAAUAGAUAACACUAUUACAAAAUUAAAAAAAAAAGGAAUUCCAAUUGAAAAUAUAGGAGAUGAUUAUAAUUGUAAUAAUUAUUAUAAAGUAUACGACAAUUAUGCCGAAGAUGAUACGGAUAUAUUAAACUAUGAAAGAAAUGUGAAUGAUACAAAUUUUAAUAUAAAAGAAAAUGAUGAAAAAGUAACACCAAAUGGUUAUUAUAAAACAGGUAGCGAAAUAGACCAAAAAAAUGAAGAACGAAAGGAAAAAAAUCAUUUAAGAACAAGAAACGACCACGAAUGUGUAGAUGAAAAAAAUGUAGAAGAAAAUUUUCAAAAAGAAAACAGAAAAACAAAUAAAAAUAACGCGAUAAACGAAUCUGAUGAAAUACUUGAAGAAGAUGAGUUGGAAAAUGAUUCGAAAAAUAAAACAAAUAGUGGAAAUGAAUAUGAUGAAAAUAAUGUUAAUGUAGUUUAUGAGGAUCAUAAUAUUAAUAUAAAAGAUAUCAAUAAUAAGACCGAUGUAAAAAUGGAGGAGAGUAGCAACUUUUUAAAUAUGGGAUUAUUAAUAUUGGUUAAAAAAAAUCCCUUAUUAAAAGAUGUAAUUCUACCUAUUGAAAACGAAAAUAAUAAAAUGCCAAUAAAUAAGGAAGAUACUAUAGAAUCAUUCGAUAGUAAUGAUAUUAAUAAUAUAAUUAAUAAUCCACUAUUCUCAAACAAUAUAAAAAGUAUUACAAAUAAUCCAUACAAUUAUCUAAAAGUCGACAAAUUCGUAAAAAAUAUCGAAGAAAAUCUUCACAUUUAUAAAAAACGUGAGCAUAAGGCUAGCAAUAUUGAAGGGUAUGAUAAAAUAUAUUUAAAAUUUGAUGAAAGACAAAAUGAAUCAGAAGAAAUGGAUAAAUAUGUAUUAAUGGGAUAUUUAAACUUUAAUUUAGAUAUGUUAAAAAAUUUUAAAAUGAAUAAUGAAGAAAAUAAUUUAGUGAUGUCUAAUAAUCCUAUUAAUAAUAGUAAUCCAUAUUUACAUUUAGAAUUAAUAAAGAAUUAUAUCGAAUCAUUAUUUAACUAUUUAGAUAUAAAUAGUUAUUUUACAAAUAAGUUAUUAAAAUUAUUAUAUGAAAUAUUAAUAGAAAAUCGUAACUCUAUAAUUUAUAAUAUGUUUUAUUAUACUAUUUUAAACGAUGAAAAUAUGAAUAAAAUAAUUGAUAUAUUAUCAAAAAAUGUAAGUAAUAAUUUAAAUAAAUCGAAUAUUACAUUUGUGCUAAGAAUAUUGUAUAUUUUAUCUUUCCAACAGCAUUUAUAUAUUAAUCAUAUAAAAGAAAAAAACAAAACAAAUGAGAAAUUUAUGAUUCUUUAUAAGAAUAUUGCAAAAUAUUUAGAGGAUAUAAAAGCUGAGGAUUUUAUUAAAAAUCUACAAAAAAAUGAAAAAUUAAUUACAAGCUUAAAAAAUGUGUCUCUAUUUUUUGAAAAUAAAUACAAAAACCAAAAUUCGUUAUAUAUUCGUGAUGAAAAAAAAGAACAAUUCUUGAUUGACAAUAAAAUAGUUAAGAAAAAAUUAAAUAAUAUAUAUAAUAGGCAUUUUAUAUGUGAACAUAAAGAUCUAAUUAUUAUCAGAAAAACAAAUAUUAUAUUAAAAGCGUUAGGAGCUAAUAUGUUCGAUUUAUAUAAUGAUAUAGUUUUUACAGAUCGCGAAAAAAAAUCACAUGGAUAUUUAAUGAAAGAAAAUAGUAUCCAAAAAAAUAUUAUGCAUUAUUACAAUGAUACUAUUACAAAUUUUGUUUCAAAACUAAAAAAAUAUUUUACUUUUUCCAAUGAGAAUGUUCCCAAUGGUAAGGAUAGUAUUGCAUAUGAUGCACACACAUUAAAUAAUAAAGACAAUGAAAAAUUAAAAACAUAUAAUAGCAAAACAUGGAAUAAUAAUCAGGUAAAAAACAGUUAUAAUAAUACUUAUUAUUCAUCUGACAUUAAUGAAUAUACAGAUAAAGUAAAAAAUAAAGUUUUAAACGACAUGACAAACAAAAUAAAUGGCACAUAUCAUAACACUAAUACAAAUGCUUUCACUAAAAUGGAAGAAGAAAACAAAAAGAAAAAUUCAGAAAAAGAAAAAAAAAUAUACAUAUACAAUUUUAAUAAUAAAGAAUAUAUAGCAUUCAAUAAAUUUAAAGAAAGUUUAAUAAAUAUGAAACAUAAAAGAAAAAGAAAAUUAAGAAUCUUAUGUCUUGAUGGUGGAGGUAUUAGAGGAUUAUUAUCAAUUGAAAUUUUAAAAUGCAUUAAUAGUCAUUUAAAAAAAAAUUUAUUUGAAUAUUUUGAUAUAAUAUGUGGAACAAGUACAGGAGCCAUCAUAUCUAUAUUAAUAGGCUUAGAAAAGGCACAUUUAAAUGAAAUAGAAUUUUUAUAUAAUUUAUUAAUUAAUAAAAUAUUUCAAAAGGAUACAUAUGCAGUUAGAAAUACUAGAUAUUUAUUGAAACAUUCAUAUUAUGAUUCAAAUGUGUUAAAUAAUAUUCUAAAUACAUUUUUUAAAAAUACGAAAAUGUUUCAUUAUAAUUCCGAUUUGUUCACUCCAUAUGUAUUUACUGUCUCAACACAAAUGAAUAUUACACCAGUUCAACCUGUCAUAUUAAAAAAUUAUCAUGUAAAUUUAAAUAGAAUAACAGAAUUAAACAAACCAAGUGAACAAAUGGUUAAUACAGUUAAAAGGGAAACAACUGAUAUAUUAAAUAGUGGCUCUGUUUCACAUAAAUAUGAUAUAUCUGAAUAUAUUGGAGACAAUAGUAAAGUUGUGGAUAUAAGUAAUAGUUAUUCUAAAAGUAAUAAUAAUAAAGAUAAUAUAAAUCGAGAAGAAGUUCAAGGUCAUGCUAAUUUAGAAGAUAACAAAAAUUUACAUGAAUAUUACAAUAGUAGAGAAAAUUUAAAUGAUAGCAUCAAAAUAAAAAAUAGUAAAAUUCAUAUAAAUCAAAAUAUUCAUGACGUAAGCAUAUAUAAAAGUUUUUAUAAUAUUUUUGUAAAAUAUGUUUUAAGAUGUACUACAGCUGCUCCUGGGUUUUUUAAUUUUUUUUCUUUUGAUGAUAAUAUAUAUGCUGAUGGAGCUAUAUGUUUUAAUAAUCCUACUCUAAUAAGUUUAAAUGAAAUGAAAUUGAUUUUUUAUAAUUAUUUAAAUAAAAAAAAAAACAAUAUAUUUAAUAAAAUAAAAUAUUAUUCUGUAAAAAAAUACAAUAUAAGUGAAACAGAACAAAAUGAUACAAUAAAUUUAAAUGAUUAUAUCGAUUGUAUAGUAAGUAUAGGAACUGGAAAAUUUCAACCCAAAAUAAUACACGAAUAUAAUGAAAAUAAAGAACAAGAUACAUUUUUAAGAUGGGACGUAUUGUUAAAACAAAUUGUCUUUUCCAUUACAAAUACAGAACUAACUCAUGACAUAUGUAAUAAUUUAUUAGAUAAAAAUAAAUACUUUCGAUUUAAUUGUUUUAUUAACAAUAUAAAAUUAGACGAAACAUCAUCUGAAAUUAUUACUAAAUUGAAGCAAAUAGGAAAAAGAUAUUUUGAAGACGAUAAAUAUAAUCAACAAAAACUAAUUCAAUUAAUAAAUAUAUUAGAAGAUAAAAAAAAUGUAAAAGAAUAUAUGCAAGACCAAAAAAAAAUUUGGAAUCCUUCUUAUAUAGAUCAUAUUAAAUCAAAAAUAUAUGACUUUUUUUUUCCAAAAAAUAAAAAAUCAAUGAAUAGAGAAGAAUCUCCAAUAACUGACUCAUUUCAAAAUAGUAACAUUGAUAAGGAUGAAAGUUUGGAAAAAAAUUCAUGCAGCAGCGAAAGUGAAUGUAUGAAACAUGAAAAUAAAAAAAAUAAUAAUAUUAAUCCUACUAAAAAUAAUAAUGCGGAUUCAAAAGAUAACAAAGAAACCCAGAACAAUACGCAUGGAAACAUAUAUAGUGAUUUUAAUUUUAAUUUCUUGAAUGAUGAUAAUAAAUUUGACAUAACAAAUAUCGAUGAAAUUUUAGAUAUAAUAAACAGAAAUAGUAAUAAUUUUCCACAAAGUAAAAAUACACCAAAUGGUUUUUUUCAAUAUUUUACUAAUUUAUUUUAUAAUAAUAGUAAUAAUAAAUUUAUAAAAAAAUUAGAAAAUAUGAACAAAAAUAAUUUAUUUAUUAAAAAAAAAAAAGAAACAGGUAAUUAUGUUAAUGUUACACCCAAUACAGGUAUUAGAGUUUUGUUAAAUGAAAUAUAUUUUAUUUUAUUAAAAAAAAAUCUUUAUUUUCAUACUGAUCAAAUUUCUCCAAUUAAUGAAAAUCCUACAAAUUAUUAUGAUAUUAAUAUUCAGAAAUACAUCCCAUACCCCCCUGAUCAAAACAAUCAAAUUUCACACAUAAAUGAAGAUAAUCACCAAAAACAUGAAAUUGGAAAUACAUGUAGAAAAAACGAGGACAACGGACAAAGCAGCAUGGGAAAUAAUUCUAAUAAUAAGAAUAUAAAGAAAUCGGAUUAUUUCACCAAAACUGAUACUAAUAAUACAAAUGCCAUAAAAAAUAAUUAUAAAAAAAAUAAUAAUAACGAACCCUGCUUAUAUAAUGAUGAACAAAAUUUACCUAACAUUGUCGAAAAUUCAGAUUUAAUUAAAAAAAGGAAUAUUAAAGACAUUAUGAGUUCUUAUAGCAUUAACUACAAAUUUUUUAAGUCAAUCAAUCCAGAUUCACUCGAAAUAAAAAAAAAUAUGAUAUUUAAUGUGCUGAGAAAUAUAUUUUUUAAAAAUGAUACAUAA